AUGCAAGAUACCAAAUACUACGAACCAACAAAUAUUUUUCGUCAGCCUGCUAUUAAUAUAAAGAAGAGAUCAGAUAAAAAGAGGAUUUUACAAUCGAUGAUGACUUUAUCCACAUACAAAAAAACGUGGCAAAACAAUACUUCGAAAAUGAAUUCACCGAUUUUGCGAAAAGCAUCAGACAACUUCAAUGACUAUUAUACAACUAAAAAAUUAAAAUCAGAUUAUUGGAAACUGUACGGUGUUGAUGAAAGUGAGUUAUCCAUACCUUCAGACAUGUCCAUUGUGGAUAAUAUACUUCUAGUAUCUACAAUGAACGAGAAAGACAACUUGAAACUUUUUGAAAUUUCCGCUGAGAAAAAGCUGAAGGAACUACAGACGAUUACUGUUCCCGGUAAACCCAUUACUUGUAUCUGCUUAUUGCCCAUGGUAGAUUUUCCGCCACAGAUUUUCCCCAGCUCUCAAAUAAAUCCUAACCACAACCAAUUAAUAUUGACAGGUCAUCAAGACGGUAUAGUCAAUCUGAUAGCAACUUCAACAUAUAAGGGAUGUGCUAAAAUAAUAAAAAGGUUUAACCACAACAAGUUUCUAAAAUCUACCGUAUCAACGUCGAUUCCGAUUCUGGAAAUAACGCCAAAAACAGCACCUAUUUUGAAGGUUUCGCCAUGGAACAAGACCGGUUUUGUUUCCCUUCUAAAUGACUCCCUCUUUAUAUAUGACUUGAAAUCAAAUCUUGAUUGCAUAAAAACACCUAUUUUUUUGCAAUCAUAUCCAGGUAUAAAUUCUUUUGCCGUUAAUGAAUUCCAUGAUCCCUUCUUACUGGCCUUAGUUGGCUCAAAAUUUGGACCAAAUGGCAUCUCGCUGCUUGAUUUGAGAACAAAUCUCUAUAUUCCAGAUAUUUUAGAUAAUAGCAUAUCUGCAGGAUGUGGAAAAGACCAUUUGCAAAGAAAGAACACAAGUUUGGAUUGCGUAUGGAUAAGUAAUCAUCACGUUGCACAGAGCUUGAACGAUAAAAUUCAAAUUUGGGACAUUCAAUCCUGCGACGGUAAACCAGUUUGUGAAUUAUAUGCUAAGAAAGGAUACAUUGAAAGUCUAAAAUUUAACGAAAACACAGGCGCGUUAUAUAGCAGUGAUGACCAAGGCUUUGUCAUUUGUUGGGAUUUACAAAACCUACAAAACAUGAAAUAUGGUGAGUUAGUCCAUGGAUUUAACUCAAUUAGCCUAGAUAGUGAAAGUGAACUACUAUUAACCAAGCAAGUCUUCCAAUGUGGAAACAUUAUUGUGAGUGGUAUGAGUGAUAAAAAUAUUUGCUUGAAGAGCAAUGACACUAAGGCCAAUGGAAAAGGAUGUGGAUUUUUAUUCCUUGAUAUGGCAAACGAUGGAAGUUUAGUAACUCUUGACAAUUUUUGUGAACUGGGAUUACAUCAAAUUUGUCAAGUUCAAUUCAAUGUCGAUACCGGUAAAAUAAUCGAUGGUAAUGGUACUGGGAAGAGUGGAAUAUCUGAUUCUUCUAUGUUAUCAUUAUCCAAUGAGAGUGACCAUAGUAUGACAGAAACAUCUGAUGAUAUGUUCUCAAAUUCUGGUAAUUGGGAUUGUUCUUCAGCAAAUACUGUUAGCGAAGGUAGAUUGAAUGAUGACCAAGAGGAUAUCGUCUUCACAAAGAGGAUGUAUUCUGUAAAUGAUGUGCAUUUAAGUGGAUCUACUAUUGAUACUACUGUUGUCUAG